ACGCGGUUUACGAAUUGAUGGGAAAUAAAUUAAAAUUUAAUUCUUAGAAACGAAACAGAUGGAUAAAAUUUGUCGAAUAUGUUUAGAGGAAGGCGUUUUAUCUUCUAUAUUUACGAAAAAUACAAAUAUCUCACUCUGCGACAUGAUAGAAUAUUGCAGUGGAAGACAGCUAUCUAAAAAUGAAGGUCUACCUGAAGAAAUUUGCAGUGAUUGUAUCUACAAGUUAGGGAUAGCAUAUCAUUUCAAACAUACUUAUGAAAGCGCAGAUAUGCGAUUGCGCCAAAAUUUGGGACUACAGCUUCUAAACAAGACCAGCGAUGCAUCAAUAAUGACAGAUCCAAUAGCCCCCACUUACAGAACAAUAAUAAAAAAGUGCAAAUGUAAAUCAACACAGUUGAAGAGGAGAACUAGAAGAAAGCCAGAGACUGAAAAACUUAAGAGGGGUCCAAAGCCCAAACCUAAAAAGAUAAAUAUGUGCUACCAGUGUAAUAAGGAGUUUAGGUGUCAGGCUCAGUUGGAGACUCAUAUGAGAACACACACUGGGGACAAGCCAUUUAGAUGUGUGUAUUGUGAGAAGCAGUUCACACAGAAGCACAAUUUAACUAUACACAUGAGGACACAUACUGGUGAGAAACCAUUUAAAUGUGAUGUCUGUAGCAAAUCAUUUGCUGUUCAGGGCAACUUGAAUGCUCAUAUUAAAAUACACACUGGGCAAAAAGAUCAUGUCUGCAAUAUUUGCAACAAAUCAUUUAUAACGACAAGUGAAUUGACCAGACACAUGAGCAAACACAGCGAAAUAAAGAAGUUUAAAUGUGAUCUGUGUGACUGUAAAUAUGCACAAAGCAGAGAUCUUAAGCAGCACAAAAUGAAAAAGCAUCAAGUGGCCCAAAAACCACCUGAAAUACAAAAUGAGUACAACAAAAACAACUACAUAGAUAUAAUAGGGGUAGAUGAAAGCAAUAUACCGAUGCCAACAAAGCCUAUAGCUGCAUCAGCUGUCUCGCACACAGUCGAUAACUACUUGCACGAGAGUAGCAAGGAUCAGAGGCCAAUUAUAAUAUCUAAUCAUCCGUUAUACCAUUCAAAGAGUGAAAGAGAAAUGUUCCAUAAAACGGACAGGAAUCCUAAUUUUGACCCCCAUUCUUGUACCGUAUGCGGAGAAGAGUUUAAUUAUUUAGCGGCUUUAGCACAACACUGUUUGUAUCAACAUAAAUCACAUUAAUUUAUGUAAAGUAUAUUAAUAUGUACUACAUAAAUUAUACUUUUUAUCCCUUCAACUGUGGUGGCCAUAAUAUUGCAAAAAUAAGCCGCAUCUGUGGGGCUACUUCUGGAUGGUCUCGCGUGUCGCGUUAAAAUGACGAUAACUCUAAAACUGUAUGAAUUAAGCGAAGAUUAUCAAAAUUAAUUAAUCCAACUUUGCCAAGUUAAGUUUUAUUAAUUUUAACUUGAAAUCGGAAUAAUCGAUUUUUCCAGUUUAAUGUAUAGUAAUCCUUAGGGGGGUAUUAGAUUAUCAUAUAUAUUGGA